UUUAAUUGGAAAUAUAAUUAUGAUAAACUUAAUAUGCGUUACUUGCGUUGGUAUCGUUUUAUUAUCAAAAGAUGCGUCAUAUGCUGAUGAAAAAUUUACAAAAGAAGAUCGUGAAUUGCUCAAGCGAAUUUCACGCAUGAUUCAAGAUAACGCGCUACCAAAAUCAAUUCUGGGAAUACCACUAAAUCAGGAGCAAUUGGAAAUUCAGAAAUCAGAAAAAAUAAAUCGGGGAUUCGAAAAGAUGAUACAGUUAGUUAGUGUACUUGGACAAGUUGACAGUUUCAUUACUGAUAGGACAAAGAGUCUCGUAAGAAAGCUAAAUGCUGUUUAUGACGUUGAUGAAAGAGAACGAACUCGUCGAAAUAGUAGAUCUACUUAA